GAGCUUUUCUACACACUCCAUGGCUUGCAGGGCGGUAAAUCAUGCCUUCUCUCCAGAAGGCCCAGCUUUACCUUGGAAAGAGACUCACACGUGUGUACAUGUGUAGUCCUUUGUGGCUACCCUCUGCAGAGUGCCACAGGCUACAAGCCAGGCGUCUUGCUGUGUCUCAUGGCCAGGGCCCUGAUUACAACAAUUAGUCCUGUGCUCCUGAUGAUGGUGAUUGUGCUCCAGAUGUCCCUCUCUGCUGAUAGUAACCAAGGUGAAACUGCUGUAUAGUCAAGAGGACGAGCUACAGUAUUUUCCAAAUGUCAUGCACUGCCAUGAUAGAACUUUAAGAAAAUAGUGUCUGCAGUGUCCCAAAGAGAGUAAAGAACGUAAAGAUGAACCUGUUUUCAGAAAGCUAUGAAGUGAACAGCCACUUGCGGUAUAUAUGCGAAGAUGGCUACAAACGUCAAGCUGGCACAUCAAAUCUUGCCAUUUGCCAAUUUAAUGGUAAAACAAAGAAAGCAGACUGGAAAUAUGGAAACAUCUCCUGCAUUCGAGACCCAUCAAUUCCUACUACAGCUCCAAUCAAUACAAAAUCUCCAUUCACUACUUCAGAAUCAAGACCAAGUCGAGUUUCCACUUCAUCAUCCACAACAGUAGAAAGAUUUACAAUAAUAUCCUCAACAGUCAAGAUCCAUGAGACACUGCAUACUUCACAAGGGAAAGCUACACAAACACAACUUCCUGGACAUACUCCCAUGAUCAGGCUUUCCACUACGUAUGAGCACACUACUCCAGGACAAACAUUCUCUCCAGGACUACAGUUUAUUACACAGACGCUAUUUCCUAAAGAUACUGGGAAGACAGUAAGUGAGCAAACCACUGUUUCGACGACCGCAGCUGUAAUGGAAAAAACUGUUUAUACUGCAACAGUGAAACAAAGCACUGCUACUCAUUUUUUAACUCCUGUGCAAAGUACAAGCCCCCCAGAUCCACAGACAAGUAUUUGGCAGAAAACGGAAACCUUAGCAGUAGCAGGCAGUGUGGUGGUCAUAAUCCCCUUGGUUGGAGUAAUCAUCCUUGUUGUGUAUUGCAGAAAAAGAAGCGCAGAAACAUCUCCUAGAAACCCUCAGGAUACCCAGAUAUAUAUACAGAAUACUAACCCAGAGGAUAACGUUCCCACUUCAGAUACAUCCCAUGAAGAAAGCGAGGAAGAAUCGUUUUUGUAAUGCACUAACUUCCCAGACAUCCAGAAAAUUAGUAGGACCAUUUGUGGUUAUAUUUAUUUCUGAUGCCAUCCAACAACAUAUUGGUACUGUUGUGAUGAAGACAACCAAGAAAAGCAGACAUUGGAAUACUGACUAUGGAUGGCUGCAGAAGUUCAGAAACCUGCCAUUGGACUUCUCCUACACAUUCCAGGACAUCUCAGCAAAUGUGAACCAGCUACGGAACAAGUGUUAACUAAUCCAAGUGCAGCUCUACAUGAAGCAAUGAUUGUGUUUAUGGACAGGCAGAUGUAACUUCCCUCUGGUAUACUAAGUGCCAACAAAGAACAGUGGUUACACAUAGGAAACAAACAAUAACAUAUAAGAGACCUGACUGGACACACCAGAGAAAAAGCGGUGGACAUCUGUCCAGUGGUAAUUUCAAGAUAGUAUAAAUUCCCAUUAUAACUUUAUAGAGUUAUAAAGCCAUUCAUUGAAUUUUUUUAUAUUAAUAAUAAUGUUUUUAAUACCAUACAUCCCCACAGUUGUAUCCCCUAUCCAAUCAACCUAUGAUUGCCACAGAACUGCCCAGAAAUGACCAUUUGAUACAAAUAUGCAAAAGAACCCACCCUCUUUGAGGCCUUAUUUGUUGGAGAAUGCUGCAAAAAAGUGCCCCCCUCCAGAACCACGUGGUUUAAAUAACAUUUUAUUCUCGGGGUCGAUAUGAUUACAUUGAUACCAAAUAUGCAUUUUUUUUUAUGUUUUACUACUUUUAUACAAUAAUAUUGUUUAUCUU